AUGGAUGGUCUAAAACUAAGACAUGCGCAAGCGAAUGGAGUAGGUCCGGAUCCAGUAGAACUUCUUGACGAACAAGGACAAGAGGAAGUUAUUGAAGAACUUCGAAAGCAAAAUGAACGGGCUAAUGGUUUUUUCAAGAAAGCAUUGGCUUUUGUUUCAGCAUUGGUAUUGAUAUUACAUUUAAUUUUCGUAUAUGAAAUUAUGUCAUCGUCAUCAUUAUCAAAUCCCAUUAUUCCUUUCCCAAUCUUUGAACAUAUUUAUUCAAGUGCAUCAUACAAAAUGAUUGCGACAUUAUCAUCAAUUGGAGCCUUAGUAUUUUCAAUAUAUCUUUUACAAGCAACAAAUGUUACCAUGUUACAAAUUUACGCGGGUGCUUUCCUUUCCAUAAUUCCAAAUCUUUUAGCGAUACAUACUGAAAGGAUGGAAAAAUUAUGGUGGGCCAUACCACUUGGAUUGCUUAUUUUAGAUACAAUUGCAUUGUUUUUAAUUAAGGAUUCAGAACAAGAUAUUAGAAGUCUAGAGAAAUUGAAAUAUAAAUACAAGGGUGCAUAG